AUGGACAUGUGUGUCAUCCAGAAGUUCGUCAAGAGCAAUGGACCUAAAGCAUUUAUCUGUAGAACCAUUUGGAGAAAGGAUAAGAACCCCUAUUGCUACAUCAUAACAAACAAAGAGGAUUUCUUCUCUCCAUCAACCAAUCCCAAGACUGAAAUGACCAAAUAUGCAACCAAUGUGAAUCUGCAAAACUCAUGCACUAUUGUCAACACUUGUAGAGGCAAAUAUGUUGAUGAAACUGUCCCUUACGUUAAGAAUCUUCUCACUUACAUCUAUAUUCAUUUGCACAUCACCUUUCUAGAAUUCUCAGCUGAUUUCAUAAAAGAUGAAAGUGGAAUCUGGUGGUUUAUCAAUGUGAAGGGAUUCAUUAUUGACAAAAGUCCAGAAAAGAUCAUGUGGAAGUCCAUCACUCAUUAUGGAGAAGAAAUUAAUGAGGAAGAGGGCUAACCAAUAGUGUAAGAACGCAAUUCAACUCCCAAGGCCAAAGUUGCUGACAUGUGUUAAAAACAAAAGAUUUGCAAGUAUUGUGAGCAAUCCUAUCCAGAAUAACAUUUAUAAUAUAAGAUGACUCUUAAGAUGAUCAUUCAAACUGAUAAACAUCUCUACUGGAGAGGUAAGACAUUCAAUUGGAUUGACAGGUCUGAUGUCACCAAUCUUGAAGUCAGCAACCUUUAUCAUGAACAUAAAGAAACAGAAUAGCUAAUUGAAUUGUAAUUGCAAUUCAAUAAGUUGUUGGGAUUGCCUAGUGAUUAUGAUACUAUGAAUUAAAUGUUGACCCUCAAAGCCAAUCAAAUAAAUAACGAAACUGUUAAGACUGGAUUAGAGGAUUCUAAAUAAAUAUUCAACAUCUCAGCCACCAAGCAAUUGAUACUUAAUAAUUAACUCAUUCCUAUGAUUCAUAAUACAGUCAUCAAGAACCUCAAUAGGUUUAGAUUUAUGAUUUUAAUACAUUCUAUCAGGGAUGUCCCUUAAAAUGUAGACCUGUCUAAACAUUAUUACAUUGAAUGCAAUAUAUUCGACCAGAAAUUCAAAAUCAAAUUAGAUUUGAUCCAAGGUUAGUUAUUUGACAAAGGGUAUUUCUUAACGUUAAAUCGUAUGCGACUUUACUAUUUCUUUAGUGAUCAACGCAAAGGGUGGGUAGAUUAUGUAAAUCAGUUAAAAGUACUGCCUAUGUAUCUAUACUAAGACAAUACAAGGAUUGGCACAUUAGAAUUAGAACUCUAAGAUCUCCUAUCCGAACGAGUCAUAAGAAGAGAAUUCCUUAAGGUGUUUAGUGUGAAGGAUUGUUAUCCAAUAUUGAGUUGGUCGCUUAAUUUAACAUUAGGACUUGUAGAUUCAGGACCAAUCAACGUUACAAGAAUUAAGUUACAAGAUCAUUUCGGAAUUCAAUUACCAAAUCCAGAUUAUUGCACUUGUGAACCUCUGCCUGCUGAAUGGAUGACCAUUUUAAAUCAGAAAAAGGAUGUGGAGCAAUCUAGAUUUGAAAGAUAAAUGACUGCCUAGACUUUAAAACGAGUUUCCACAGCCCAUGCCAAAUUGUAGAAGAGUAAAUUCGAGGGAUCCUCAGUGUAAUAAGAAAUGGAGUCUUUCAAUGAUUCUACCAAGGAGUUAUACAGUUAAUUAAAUUUAAAGAAAGAAAUUCAAAUGUAUGAAGUAGAUGAGGACGAUCGCAGACAAAAGAAAAGAAGACAAUUUUAAUAGUAUGAUUUAUGA